AUGUAUUUCCUGUCUCGUGUAUCUCUUGCACUGCUGCUAGCCACAGCAACAUUAGCACAAGACGAAGAAGAUUACGACUAUAGCGAUUACAGUGGUAAUACUGACCUAGGCGGUGGCAAUGGAAAUGGAAACAACCAAGGAGGCCAAGUGCAAGCUCCAGCAACACCCGCACCAGUGGUGGUGAAAACACCCGCACCAGUGAUGGUGAAAACACCCGCACCAGUGGUGGUACCAACACCAGCACCAGUGGUGGUACCAACACCAGCACCAGUGGUGGUAACAACAACUGUGAAUCCAAACAACAUGAGGUGCCCACAAAAUAGCGGCGUGAAUGACCGGAUAAGAAAUGCUGCACUUGAAGGUCAUAACUACAGAAGGUCGAGACUUGCCCAAGGAUUGGUCAAGAAUAAGAAAGGCAAAAUCCUCCCACAGGCCACAAAUAUGCUCAAAUUGAUGGCCUGGGCAACCACUGCAAAGUUUGGAUGUGCUGUUACACAGAAAAACAAAUGCCCCAAUUCUUAUUAUAUUGCGUGCCACUACCAGACUGGAGGUAAUGUACCCGAUGCUAAGAUCUACACUCCAGGCACUGCAUGCUCUCAGUGCCCCGGUGGCUAUCGCUGUAGCUCAGACAAGCUGUGCGCUCGCUCUUAG